AGGGCAGCUCGCCAGAGGAGGCUUGCUGGGGGAAAGAAGCGGAGGGCGUCGACGUUGGUGCUGCUGCUGCGCUGCGAGUUUCUCUCUCUCUCCCCCCCCCCUCCUUUUCCACCGCCGCCAGCGCGCUGGGCAAAGCGAGAGACGCCACGCUCCAGACGCCUUGGCUCGGCUGGCCGGCCGCUGCGCUGCUCUCUGUUUGGCACCCCGGGGCUGGAGAAGGCAGAAGCCGGCGGGGGUUGGUGGAGAGAGGCGCUAGGGCGCCUUUGCAAAAACCUUGCUGCCGUUGCAGGAGGGACGCCGGCCACAGGGGCUGCCGUCGUCGUCGUUGGACGCGGGUUUCCGAGGCGAACCGCUGUUUAAAAAGGGUCCAUCAUGUCUGACAGAAAGGCUGUGAUCAAAAAUGCUGACAUGUCUGAGGACAUGCAGCAGGAUGCUGUCGAUUGUGCUACUCAGGCCAUGGAGAAGUAUAAUAUAGAGAAGGAUAUUGCAGCAUACAUCAAGAAGGAAUUUGACAAGAAAUACAACCCCACCUGGCACUGCAUCGUGGGCAGGAACUUCGGUAGCUAUGUAACGCAUGAGACGAAGCACUUCAUUUACUUCUACUUGGGCCAAGUGGCGAUUCUCCUCUUCAAAUCCGGCUAGGGGUUCAGGCUAGCGCCUGUGGGGGUCACGGCUGAUGAGGAACAUGGACUGUAGCACUAAAGACAGGCUCCAGCUCUUUAACCAUGGCUGCGCCACUGCAUGGACUCGAUACUAUAUUUAAUGUGUAUAUGUUGCCGUAAAAAAUACCUACAAUUCUCAUUUCUUUCUCUGUUUUGGGGGGAUUGCCUAGGAGAAGAAAGGCAGUGUAUUAUCCCCUCUUCCUCUUUUAUUUUUUUUCCUUUUUAUGUUCCUGCUUCUUAUUUUUCUGUUCUUUUGCACUAGGAGAACUGUAAAAUGCUUCAACAAUGGCCUUUAAGUGAGAAGAAGAAAUGAAAUAAAAAUAAAAUAAGAAACUUCAAUUCCACAAAACAAAUCUUUGGGUUUAACUUUCUUGUAGAAGGAAGGCUGGGGGUUUACCCUAGCAGAGGAAAAAAAUAAAACACUGUUAGGUGUAGAAUCUGUCUAAAAGUUAACUAAAUUAUUUUUAAAUUCCUGUCAAAGCUUCCCCUUCCCGAAAUGGCACUAUUGUCCCAUGAAGUCGCCUUAGCUCUAAAUAGUGAUCGGAGGCAGCCCUGGGUGUGUGAGCGUGUCUGUGUGUUGUCUUGGCCCAAUUUCCUUUGCUUUUCUUUGACUCGCCCGUGCUGCCUCCAACACCAAUUGAGCGAACAAAGCUGAUACGGAUUUGUAAAAUGCGUGGUAUCCUCUUGAGGAGACGCCCCCCCCUCCCCAGAAUUGGCUGGCCUGGUCUGUAUCGGCGUUUUCCAAAGCAUUUUUCAAAUGAAAGAUGUCUACUCUGUGUGUCCAAGAUUCUGUCGUGAUGCCCAAUGGAUGUGAUCAGGAUUUUCUAUGCCCCUGUUUUUUGAGUCCGUACAGUAUUGCCUUAUUGUAGCUCACGUCCUCUAGUUGUGCAGGGAAGAUCCUGUCCAAAAUCAGUGGCUUAAAUGUUGCUGUGCUUUAAAUGUCUCCAGUAAAGAUGGAUAGACCUUCAUCUCUUAAGAGGCUCUCUUCUGUUGGCUUUCUAUUCUGGUCCCCUCUUGACCCAACAAAAAGAAGGCCAUCAGGAGCAGCUCUGUACCUAACCAGCUCCUGAACGUGCAAGGAAAGGUCUCUGGGCUUAGCUUCCUUAAUCUGUGGUUGUACAGGAAUACUUUUAAGUUCUGUUGCAACAAUUUAAAAAAUAAUUAAGUGGGGAUUGUUUUUUCUUUUUGCAAAGGUUACGUAAGAAAUGCAGUGAUAGCUUUAACAUCUCUGGUUGCUUUUCGCAGUUCAAAGAGCCUAGAAAUUCUAUUUGGGGGUGGGGCAUAUGGGGAAGCAGUUGUCUUAAAAACAAAUGAGAGUGAGGAAGCAAGAAGACUUACUGAAGGAGCACUUUAACUCCUGGAUUCACGGAGAUUCUCAGUCAUCCAGGACAUGGUUGUCCCAAAGCUGCUUUUUCAAAAGGCAACUGGACUCCUUGUUUUUUUUUUUUCCUUUGAAAACCUUUCCCUUGUCAUCCAAGAACUGAAGAAGCUUCUUGGAUGAGAAGCGAAACAUCUUCAAGGAAAAAAAGCAAAGUUAUUGAUUAGAGAAAUAGGACAGUCACCCCUCAUUGGGGAGCGGGCUGUGUCUGAAAAACAAGACAGAUCCAAAUAAUAAUAAACAACAUGCGCUAUGUGCCCAAUCCAAAGCAAAC